AUGGGAGAUGAAGCAGCAGGUGUGGAUACACUGGGAGCUGUAGCCGCGGACCUGCGACCGAAGCAGCAUCUUCUUGAGCGACUGCGCAGCCCUAUUCAGGAUUGCACUGUUCACCUCCGUAGAAUGAGGAGGGGGCUAGAAAAGAACGUGUGCACGUUACUGGACAACAUCACGGCAGACAGACCAGAGAGAAGAACAGCACUUGUCGCUAGAGAGCUCACAUGCUACAACAUUGACAUUGCAGCCCUUAGCGAAACUCGCCUUGUUAAUGAAGGACAGCUGUCUGAGUCGGGCAGUGGCUAUACAUUCUUUUGGAGUGGCUGCAGCAGUGAUGAGCGUGGCGAAUCUGGAGUUGGCUUCGCCAUCAAGAAUCAUCUUGUUCGGAAACUUGCCAGUUCCCCCAAGGGUAUGAAUGACCGGCUCAUGAGAAUGCAGCUUUCGCUUCAAAAAGGAAAACAGGCUACUUUGAUCAGCGCAUAUGCUCCUACAAUGACCAACCCAGAGGAUGUGAAGGAUAAAUUCUAUGAAGAACUAGAUACUCUUCUAUCGUCAGUGCACCGCACAGACAAGCUGAUUCUUCUUGGCCAUUUUAACGCAAGAGUCGGAUGUGAUGCCGCAGCCUGGGAAGGAGUCAUCGGGAAAAAUGGAGUGGGAAAGUGUAACAGCAAUGGCCUGUUACUGCUGAAAACUUGUGCAGCACAUGUCCUUCUGAUCAGCAAUACGGUCUUCCGCCUUCCUACCCGUAACAGGACUUCAUGGAUGCAUCCCCGUUCCAAGCACUGGCAUUUGAUCGAUUAUGUCAUCAUCAGGAGAAGGGACAGACAAGAUGUCAGGGUUACAAAAGCUAUGUGUGGUGCUGACUGUUGGACGGAUCAUAGGCUCAUAGUAUCCAAAAUGAAGCCCUGUAUCAUGCCGAAGAGACGACCACAAGGCUGUAAGGCUCUCAAAAGGAUCAAUGUGUCAAAGCUGAAGAACAGCCGCAUCACUGAAAAUCUAGCGGAAGACCUAGAGAAUGAGCUUGCUGAUCUUCAUAUUGAGGAUGACGCUGAGAAAGUCUGGGAGCGAUUCUGCAACAUUGUCCAUGCAGCUGCAUCGAAGGUAUUGGGGCCCUCCACAUGCAGGCGGCAAGACUGGUUUGACAAAAAUGAUGCAGAAAUCCAGGCCUUACUUGCUGAGAAGCACCGCCUGCAUCGUGCAUAUCAAAACGAUCUAUCUUCAACGGCAAAGAAGACCGCCUUUAUCAACGCUCGCAGAACAGUACAGAACCGACUAUGCAAAAUGCGGGACUUGUGGCUGAGCGCCAAAGCAGAUGAAAUACAGGGAACCAUUCCACAAGAAUAUAGAGACACGUCCAUCUUGCACCUCUAUAAGAGGAAGCGCAAUCGCCAGGUAUGCGAUAAUCACCGUAGAAUCUUGCUGCUUUCUACAGCGGGGAAAGUUCUUGCACGGGUUCUGUUGAACCGAUUGAUCACUCACCUGGAGAAGGGCUUACUGCCCAAAUCACAGUGUGGCUUCUGCAAAAGAUGUGGGACUAUUGACAUGAUCUUUGCUGUGCGUCAGCUACAGGAGAAAUGUCAAGAGCAGAAUCGUGAACUCUACACAACUUUUGUGGACCUCACGAAAGCAUUUGACUCUGUCAGUCACCAGGGCCUGAGGAGGAUCAUGUUGAAAUUUGGCUGUCCAGACAGAUUUAUAUGAGUGGUACAUCAAUUUCAUCAUGGUAUGAUGUCUCGUGUCCUGGAUGACGGUGAAACAUCUGAGACCUUCCCAGUCACCAACGGCGUCAAGCAAGGGUGUGUUUUAGCACCCACUUUGUUCAGCAUGAUAUUCUCUGCCACUUUGACUGAUGGCUUUCACACUGAAGGAGUAGGCCUGAAGUAUAGAACUGACGGGAAAAUAUUCAAUCUGAGGCGACUACGUGCCAUCACCAAGGACAGAGUGACCAAUAUUAAGGUCCUCGAGAGUAAACACAACCAGCAUCAAGGAAAUGCUAUUGAGAGUGCAACUUAG